CAAAACGGUCAAGAGCUUUCCUCCGGCGGGCCGGGUGGACGGGGGUUGCCGACUGGAGUCGUGAGGGGGUGGGUUUCUCGGCCGGCCAAUCCGCGCCUACUCCGAAUCCCGAGUCGGGCCAAUCGGAAACGGGCUCCGCCUACGUUGCCCCCCACUCACCACUCUGAUUCGCCGAACCGAUCGUCCCACUCCCACACGACGAUGGAGGACACUUUUCUGGUCACGAGUUGAAAAUCUUAAAACAAAAUGACUUUAGGCGACUAUGUCUCAUCCCUUGGAGACAACCCAUACUUCGGGGCGGGCUUCGGUCUCUUCGGCAUUGGCGCUGCAGCGGCAGUGUUGCGAAAGGGGCUGCAGGCUUCGGUGAUAUUCUUGCGACGUAACUACAUGAUAACCCUGGAGGUGCCAUGCAGGGACAAGAGCUACAACUGGCUACUUCAUUGGAUCACCAUCCGUGGCGCGAGAAAGACACAGCACCUCAGCGUUGAGACCAGCUUUGAGCAACAUGACACCGGCCACAUCAAGACUAAAUACGAAUUCAUUCCCAGCGUCGGCACACAUUUUUUCAAGUAUAGAGGAACAUGGAUAAAAGUCGAUAGGACAAGGGAACAGCAUACUCUAGAUUUGCACAUGGGUGUCCCAUGGGAGACAGUAACUCUGACCUCUUUUGGCUGGGACAAACAAGUCUAUUUUGACAUCCUCGAGGAAGCUAGGCAACUUGCCCUCGCUGAAACUGAGGGGAAGACUGUCAUGUACACGGCAAUGGGGCCUGAAUGGCGUCCGUUCGGCCACCCUCGCAAACGUAGGCCUCUGAACUCUGUUGUCCUAGACGAAGGCGUCGCUGAGAGGAUCUUGUCCGAUGUAAAAGACUUUCUUAAUGCUUCAAAAUGGUAUGGGGAUAGAGGUAUUCCUUACCGUCGAGGGUACUUACUUUACGGUCCGCCUGGCUGUGGGAAAUCUUCCUUUAUAACUGCCCUUGCUGGCGAGCUCAAUUUUGGUAUUUGUGUACUGAACUUAAGUGAGAGAGGGCUGACGGAUGACCGAUUAAAUCAUCUUCUUAGCGUAGCUCCGCAGAACACAAUAAUCCUACUAGAAGAUAUAGAUGCUGCCUUUGUUAGUCGAGAGGACAACAAACAGCUGGCAACAGCUUAUGAGGGCCUUAACCGGGUUACAUUUUCUGGACUUUUGAACUGUCUUGAUGGCGUUGCAAGCACAGAAGCACGAAUUGUUUUUAUGACUACAAACUACAUUGACAGACUAGAUCCAGCUUUGGUCAGACCUGGACGAAUUGAUCUGAAGGAGUUCAUUGGCCAUUGCACCGAGCAUCAAUUGAACAACAUGUUCAACCGUUUUUACCAAACGCCCGACAAGGAUUUCUCAACACAAUUUGCCCAAUUAGUCUUGAGCGAAAAAAAACCUGUCAGUGCCGCUCAAGUACAAGGUUACUUCAUGCGGCACAAGAAAGAUCCUCCGGAGUUGGUCGUCGAGAACAUACAGCAAAUUUGGGAGGGCUGAAAUUGUUUUUAUUCUGUAAAUAUAGUACAAUCCUUAAAUCAA